UUCUUCCAUGAUGUGUACAUUAAGAUGAAAGAAGACAAAGAAAUUAGCAACUACUGCAAAUUUGACAGCCAUUUGUUGACAUCAUUCACAUCGUCCCUAUAUGUAGCUGGUCUUUUUUCUAGUUUUUUUGCCUCAUCAGUCACCAGAGCAUUUGGUCGAAAAGCGUCAAUCCUUCUUGGUGGAGCUAACUUCCUGGCUGGUGCAACACUUGGUGGAGCUGCUUCUAAUAUCUAUAUGCUUAUACUUGGCAGAGUUUUAUUAGGUGUUGGUGUUGGUUUAGCGAAUCAGGCUGCACCAUUGUAUCUGUCAGAAAUGGCACCAACCAAAUACAGAGGAGGAUUCAACAAUAGCUUUCAACUAAGUGUAAAUAUUGGAGUUUUAAUAGCAAACCUUGUAAAUUAUGGCACUCAGAAGGUCAAAGGUGGGUGGGGAUGGAGAGUCUCACUAGCUAUGGCUGCAGUUCCAGCAUCCAUGUUAACAUUAGGUGCGUUGUUCCUCCCAGAUACCCCCAACAGCUUGAUUCAACGCACGAAUGAUCGCGAAAAAGCUAAAAGAAUGCUGCAAAGAGUCAGAGGCACUGAUGAUGUACAAGCAGAACUUGAUGAUCUUAUCUUAGCCAGUGAAAUUGCAAAACCUAUCAAACACCCUUUCAAGAACAUUAUACAAAGAAAAUAUAGGCCUCAACUUGUCAUGUCCAUAGCGAUACCAUUCUUCCAACAAGUGACAGGAAUCAAUGUCAUUGCAUUCUAUGCUCCUGUCCUGUUUCGAACGAUUGGACUAGGGGAAAGUGCAGCUCUUCUGUCUGCUGUUGUGACAGCGUCUGUUGCAAUUGCUACCACUACCCUGUCAAUGCUGAUUGUCGAUAAAGUUGGCCGAAGACGGCUGCUGAUUUUUGGGGGAAUACAAAUGUUUGUUACGCAAAUGAUAGUAGGAGGCUUAAUAGGGGCUAAUCUAGGGGAUCAUGGUGGAGUGAGUAAAGCUAUAGCC